UCAAACCUCGCAAGAGUACCUCUACUGCUUCUACUCUGUACUCGUUGCGCGAUUCUCGACAGCCGAUGACUACAGUUUCCGGAGAACUCCCCGGCGUCGCCACCGGAGGUUCUGUUUUAGCAUCGGAGGCCUCAGGAAUGGCGGCGAAUUCUGAUUCAGACAAGGUAGAUGACAAGAUGCCGAAAAAAAGCAUUAUUUCGAAGAGCACUUCUGUUCCUCCUUCGGGUUUGGGCGUCGAUGAGUCUGAUGUCUCCGACGUACAGAAGAAAAUUCGGCGAGCCGAGCGGUUUGGGAUGCCGGUGCAGGUCUCCGAGGAGGAGAAGCGCAAUUCACGCGCUGAAAGGUUUGGAACUGCAUCUAAAUUGCCUUGUUCAGAAGCAUCAAAGGCAUCGGAGGAAUUAAAGAGAAAGGCCAGAGCAGAGAGGUUUGGAAUCCCUGUUCCACCAGCACCCUCCGAUGAUGAGGCAAAGAAGAAAGCUAGACUUGCUAGAUUUGGUGGACCUGCAAAAGACGAAUCAGUCGAAGAAGACAAAAGAAAAGCAAGAGCAAUCAGGUUUUCAACAACCAUAUCUGGUCCUCCAUCACAAGUGAAAGGAAACGGAAACGGAGACAUCAAGCAGGCUGCUGUAACAGGCAAAGCUGCUUGAAGGGGUGAAUCGGUGGUAUAGAUGAUCUGCUUUUACGUCACGCCGGGGUAAGUCUCGAGAAGUCUUCUUUAUUCAUUGGAUUUUGGGAGAAUUUUUCUUCGUGUGUCAGUUGCAGAUUAAGUCUAAUUCCUUUCUCCAUUGCCUGGUAGAAAUGCUAACAUUAUCAUCCCUUGUUCUGACUGGACUCCAUCUAUUUCCAUGCCUAACACUCCAUUAAGAAUGUUUGGAAGAAAGUCAUUUUUCGCGGCUUUA